AAAAAGGUGAAACCAAUUUGUUUCUCUCUGUUUCCUCCUGCUGUAUUUCUUUCAUGGAUUCACUGAAAUCGAGCAUUCCUCAAGUGGGUUUGCACCGAAACUUCGAUCUCUCUUUUCCCAAUCUGCCUAUGCCCCCAUCAAGGCUAAAAGUUACAUGCGGGUCGAGAAAGAUUGGACCAAGAAAACAAUGUGGAGGUCAAGGGUGUUGUCUCCAGAAGCCAUACAAGCUGUCCAAUCUUUGAAAUUAGCAAAAUCUCCAGGCAAAUUAGCAGAGGUCUUUGCCAAUAGAAUCAGCAGACUCAUGAAGGCUGACUUGUUGGAUACUUUAUACGAGCUGCAAAGGCAAAACGAAGUAGAAUUAGCCCUUCAGGUGUUUAAUUUUGCAAGAAAAGAAAUUUGGUAUGAACCGGGUAUAUCUAUUUUCAGUGACAUGAUCCUGAUGUUGGGAAAGAGUAGCAAUAUUGAAAUGGCUGAACAGCUUUUUGGCGAGCUAGAGAAAGAAGGCCUAAGGCCUGACACCAGAACAUACACUGAGAUGAUUGGAGCAUAUUUCCGUAUCAAAAUGAUAGAAAAGGCAAUGGAGUCAAAUGAAUCAAUGAAGGGAUCAGGUUGUGUUCCUGACAAGCUAACAUUCAGGAUCUUGAUAAAGAACCUUGAAAAGACUGGCAAAAAAGAACUUAUAGCUACAGUGAAGAAAGAUUGUCUUUCCUAUAUUAAGUACCCUGAGAAAUUUCUUGAAGAGGUUGAAAAGACAUACCCAAAGCGAAGGUUACUCAACGUUGUUUGAAGAUAUGUAGCAUCUUUCAACCAUGUCCUCCUUUGUGCUACCUUGAAUUUCACAAUCCUUGGAGCUGGAUGAAGCUUGUCACCAUAGCCAGCUACCUUGAGAUAGUUGCUGCCAGCUUAUUGGCAUAUGAGCUGGCAAUUCUCACAUUGACUGGAAUGUAAGGUGAAUUAUUCAAUUUAAUUUAAGCAAUAAUCAUUUUAAAAAAUUUCUACCCUGUAUCAGAUCCUUGCACGAUGGUAGUUUAGGCUCGUAAUCACUAAUUAUGACUUCAUUAAGCAAUUUUGGCAAUUUUGAACUAACUAGGCUGACUAAGUGCCUUGUAAGGUCAUUGCUGUUGGAUUAAUGCAAAUACCAUUUUACAAUAUGAACUCUUUUAGCUACCGAAAAAUUCCCUAAGUUGUAGCAUCAACUCUUGAAAGAUGCUGCUUGUGCCUUAUAAUGUAAUGUAAAUCUCCCAAAAUUUGCAACAUUUUCUGUAAGGUCUUUGAAGUUCCAAUUCCUAUAGUGCAAAAGAGUUGCCAAUCAGACAAGUUUAUAUUUGUGUAUUAGCUGCGUACUCUUUCAAAUUAUUUUACCCUGAUUUUUCUUAUUCAAGAAUUGAUUUACAUUUUUUUUUGCCAAAACGUCAACAUUGUUUUAACAGAGUGUAAAUAACUUUACAGCGUGGUGGGCAACUGCCUAAGGUCUACUUGUGAUUGUUGAACUAACUGUGGGAAGAUAAUUCUUCCAUCUAAUUUUCUAUCCUAGUUCUGUUGCAAACAAAGCAACUCUAUGACUUCAUGCAUGAACUUUUACUUACAUAGGAGAACCCACAAGAACCAAUUCAGGAUCAUAGAGCUAAAAUGUCUUCCAGAAGAUUGGCACUUAAUGAAUCAUUGCUAUCGUGCCUCAGUAGUUUGUCAAUAACAUGCUUCUGAUCUGCUUCAAUGAUUAUAUUCUGCAAUCCUUCCUCUAGAACUUAGGUGAGGCUUAAUUUGAUUGCCUUAGCUGACCCCAUCUGCACCUUUUUGCUCCUGAUAUGACCAGUGAUUGCCCGGGCAGUAAUUAUCUCACCUCUCCCGUCUCUUCCAACUGCCCUAUACCUGCUUUCCCUUUACCAAUGCGGCUCUUUGAAGCUAUGUUGAUUUUAAUGUUGUUUAUGAGGGGAGGAUUCCAAUGGUCGUCCUCACUGUCCAUUUCAUUGUCCAAUCUUCAAAUUUUGACCACUUAGUGAUAGCUUGGUGCAUCAUCUUCAUAAAUCAUCGCAUUCAUCUGCGAGUUUUAAAAUUGAUCUUCUUGCUAAUAAAAUUUGCUACAGAAUGUUUGUUGUGAUUGCUAUGUGUCUGAAUUCUCUUUUCCGCUUGUAGCUCCUUUUCAGCUUCUUCCACCAUACCCAAAAAAUUGCCUCUUUGCUCUCCCAGUCCAUCUUGGAUAACUGGAGAGCAUUCCCAUAAUGCUUCAGCACCACGGCCAAGAAUAAGAGCAUGCUCAAUUGAUUCUUUACCUUCCCUGCAUCCUUGACAGAUUAGGUUGCUUGCCUGUUUCUGCUAUGUAUUACAGCGUUAACUGGGAGGCUCUGCUGCAGAUACUUCCAAAUAAAUAACUUAAUCUUAUGUUUGAUAUUAUGCUUCCAUAAGAAGUUGCAUAUCUUGAAGCUGUCCUUUCAUGCCCACAUUUACAUUCUGUUUUAACUUCUUUUCUUCUUCUUCUGGGCUGCAUUAUAUGCUGGUCUUACAAAAUAGAUCCCAUUCUUAGAGUGCUUCCAAAAAAGUUUCUGAUGCUAAUGGGGAAUUGCAUAAUGGUCUCAAUAUCCCUUCUACACAUGAUUUGGCUCAGAGUUAUUUUGCUCCAUUUGAAGUUCUGUAUGAGCUGGUCAACUCUUUCCAAUUGAUAGAAGGGGGAGUUUCUGGGUCCUUAACUCUCCAUCUUCAUUCAAAUGGAUUCUAUUAUGGCCAGCAUUUUUAUUAAUUUUUAAUUAAUCUAAGUUUUCAAUUGUUUGUUUAAAUUGGACUCAGAUUGUGGAUCAAAGAAAAGGCCAAAAAAGGGAAAAAGACAUUAGGGCUAAAACAAUUUUUUGUUAAAGAAAAGGGGCCUGUAGCCCAAACUAAGGCCCAAGUAAGCUAAGAAGGCAAUUUUGGAUUUUUUGAAGCAAAAAAAAAAAAGGGAAAGAUGAUGGAUAAGGCUUAGAUAAUCUAGAAGGUUUUUGUUGCAGUUAAAUCCUUUGUCCCAUGUUAGAAAAAUCAAAGGAAAUUCACCCAACGUAUGUCAUAAAUACCCUAGGCAAGAACAAUCCCUCACUAUUAUGUCUUCUUCACUAGCAAAUGAUAAACAAAAGAGAGAAAAGGAGGGAAAAGUCAAGCAUAGAAGAUUCAUCUAAGUCUAGUUGUAGAGCAAGAAGAGGAGAUCAUAACCUAGAAGUGUAGUGAUUUCUUCAAAUUAAGAAUUUGAUUUAAUAAUUAAUUGUAUAGUUGCUUCAA